AGUUGGUUCAUCAUUACAAUGAGCACCGGAGUAUUGUCGAUACAGUUCCACGAGCUCCCAUAUAACGGUAAUUGGUUGCAAAUCAUUUCCGUGAUCUUCUUCGUUUUAAACCUCGCCCUCUUCGUCCUCUUCAGCAUUAUCACCUUCUUGCGCUAUCUCUUCUAUCCAAAGAUUUUCCCUGUUGUUCUUCGCCAUCCACAUCAAAGUCUGUUCCUAGCGACAUUUCCCGUGGGACUGGCGACCCUUAUGAACAUGACGGUACUAGUCUGUGUGCCUAUAUGGGGUCACGGCAUGGCUAUCUUGGCCUGGGUUUUAUGGUGGAUGAUCAGUGUUCUGGCGCUCACAACAUGUUUCCACUUGACUUGGGUCAUAAUGUCGUAUAGGAGAAGAGAGUUAGAGGAGAUGACAGCACUAUACCUCAUUCCGAUCGUGGCAGUUGUGAUUGCAGCAACGUCAGGAGGCCUGGUUGCGAGAGUGCUUCCUAACCAAAAUCAUCAGCUGUGGACUCUGACCAUAAGUUAUAUAUUCUGGGGCAUCGGCUCGCCUCUGUCGUGGAUCAUAUUGACAUUAUACGUCCUCCGUCUGACUGUCCACAAACCAGUCCAAAGGGAGGUCGUUGUGUCCCUUCUUCUUCCAAUUGGACCACUAGGUCUCUCAGGAUUUUCUAUCAUAAUGCUUGGGAAACUUGCCAAAAGCCUCUUCCCUUCCACUAACACCCUUCCUCAUGUGAGCCGCGCUGGCGACGUUUUCUACAUUGUCAGUGUCCUUGCGGGCAUGAUUUUGUGGGGUUUCGCAACAGUCUGGCUCAUUGUGGCCCUCAUAAUGAUUACCACAUUUGGGCGCUUUCCAUUCAAUAUGGGUUGGUGGGGUUUUAUCUUUCCUGUCGGUGUAUUCACUUUGUUGACGAUGACGAUCGGCGAAGAGUUGGAAUCCCGAUUUUUCAAAGUCCUCUCAUGUGUCUUCACUGUGGUAUGUUUCAUAAUGUGGCUUGCGGUUGCGGCCGGGACG